AGUCUGUGUGUGUUUCUUACAAAAACUACGAGAACAACAAAAAAACAAAAACAUAAAAAAUACACCAAAAAUAUUACAGAACAUAUUUUUGAAACGCGCGGAAUAAGACAAACUCGUAUUAGAAUGAAGACCUUUGGCAAACGUACUGGCAAGAAUGGAGCCUCUUCCGAUUCGACGACACCAACACCAACACCAACAACGGAAGUGAACUCUGAAACAUCAGAACAACAGAGUACACAGGAUGAGUCAACUUCAGUUCAGGAGUCUGAGGUCGAUGAGGCAGCUCCGAGUAAACAUCCAUUGCAGAAUACAUGGACCAUGUGGUAUUUGGAAAAUGACCGCAAUAAAUCCUGGGAAGAUAUGCAAAAUGAAAUUACCAGUGUCGAAUUCGUUGAAAAUUUCUGGAGUCUAUACAAUCACAUUAAGCCGCCAUCUGAAAUCAAAAUGGGUAGCGAUUAUUCGCUUUUCAAGAAGGGCAUACGUCCAAUGUGGGAAGAUGCCGCCAAUAAGCAAGGCGGUCGUUGGCUUAUCACUGUCCAUAAGAAUUCCAAAAGCGAAUUGGAUAACUUGUGGCUGGAUGUGUUGCUGUGCCUGAUUGGUGAGGGAUUCGAUCAUACCGAUGAGAUUUGUGGCGCUGUUGUCAAUAUACGAAACAAGAGCAAUAAAAUUUCAAUAUGGACAGCCAAUGGUAUGAAUGAGCAGGCCGCUCUCGAAAUAGGACAAAAGUUGCGUGAUUCCUUACAUCUGGGCCGUUAUACAUUGCAAUAUCAAUUGCACAAGGAUUCCAUGGUCAAACAGGGAUCGUCUGUGAAAUCGAUUUACAAUUUGUAACUACACCAAUUGCAAAUCGAUGACCAUCUGAUGACCCAAGUUUUUGUUAAAACAUUAUAAUUUAUAUAUAUUUGAACAACAUCUCGUAUGAGUGAUACAGUGAAAGGAAUUGUAACUUUUUAGUGCUGUAUUUUACUUUUUAAAUUGCAUUGUUAACCACCAAACUAUUUGAUUCAGAAAAGAAAAUGGUCGAAAUAUUCAAACAAA